AUGCAUAAGCUUUGUGUGCUGUCCAAGAACGAUGCAUCCGUAUGGGCUAUGGCCCUAUCGGCUGGGGAUGCCCGAGAAAGGGUUAUGGAUCCCUCUAGGUCCUCCAAAUCCAAGACACGACUCAAUCCUUGUAUUCACUUGGAAGAGGCUGGUCUGAGCGGGAGGCUUGAUGAAGAUGACAUCGGUCAAUUUAUCAAAGGGGAGUCUUAA